AUGAAGCGCAACCAUGGGCGCGAUGGCGAGUCGCAGAUCAUUGGAGAGCCGCCAGCAAAGCGUCUGAAUGCCAUCGGCUACGGUCAGUCGGGCCUGGGGAACAUCCCAAGGACAAAGCACGCCUUCAAGGUUCUUGUCACAGACGGUUUGGCAGCAGGCUUGCUAGGCUCACAUGGCUCAACCAAAGAUGAGAUUCAAAAGGAGACUGGCGCGAGACUUGUCUUCAGCAACAGAAACGAUUACUUCCCAGAAACACGGUACAGGGUCUUGGGCAUCUACACCGAUGAUCCGGGAGCCAUACUCAACGUGUUCAACUGCAUCAUGUCGCAGCUCAUACUGCACGGAGAUGAGGAAAGAAAAGCUCAGCCUGCUGGUCAAACAGAGUUGUGUGGAAAGGAACCGGGCGAGUACAUCCUCCGGUUCAUCCUUACGAGGCGAAUGCAGAGCCAAAUCGUUGGCACCCAGGGCAACAACAUCAGGUUCAUCCGCCAAGAUUCGGGUGCAAAGGUGUUUGUCGAGAACGAGACUGUGGCCGGACAUCGUGCAGGCAAAGUCAUCGGCACGCCCCCGACCAUCAUGGCCGCGCUACGGCACAUCAACGAAUUUGUGCAGUGCGAGAGCGAGUACGAGGAGGAGUUUUACCAGGGCUUCUCCCGCAUCGUCAACUUUGGCGAGGCCUUGCAGCGUGGCUGGGAGCCACCCCCGGAGCCCAAGGACCUCGACAAGCCCUCGGGCCCUCGAAGAUCCGCCGUGCCAGCAGGGAAAGGCUCCCGGGCGUCCACGCUGAAAGCGAUGCCCAAGGCCUCUCAAAAAGCUGGUCCAGUUAUGGAGAGCUUGCUCAAAAACAUAGUACCUCCACCGCCACCUGCUGUCCUUCCACCUGCCAAUGGUCCAGCCAAUGGACGCGCGGCAGAGACGGAGGAGAGCGGACACGUCAAGGAGGAAGUAGACGACUUGGCCACAGAGCUGGAGAGCUUCCCGCCUGGGACGGUCAAGAUGUCGUACUCUGUUUGCUGCGAAGUUCCGGCUGCUCGAGUUGGAGCGCUUGUGGGCACUGGUGGCGAGUUCAUUCGGCAAGUGCAGCAGGCCUCCGGUGCUCAGAUUGAGAUCGAGAAGCCGAGCGAAUGGAGGGGAGAUUGGAGGACGAUGACCCUUGUGGGCACAUUAGUGAGCAUCUACGUGGCGCAUGCCAUGAUGAUGUCCAGGCUGCGAGGGCUCGACACGCAAGAGCGGCAGGAGGAAGUAGGGCUGGAAGAGGAGGAGGACGGGGAGCAAGAAGCCGAACAGGAGCAAGACGAAGAAGCAGAAAACCAGGAAGAUUUCCAUCCUGAGCAGGACCCACAUCCUGAGGCUGAGGAGAUCUAUCAGGAGCAAGAGGAUGGACUACCUGCUGAGGAAAGCGACGAGGAGCCCGACGUGAUUCGCGAGCAGAUCGCGAAGCUUGAGGAGAAGCUGGCAAGAGCACUUGCUCGACGUGCAGCAGCGGAGUAG